AUUUAAUAAGCCAGUGCUCGCCUUUGACAGAGCAGCUGGACUAAAGUCGAAUAAUACACCAGUCAAGGUCGUCUUUUACAGAUGAAUGGACUAAUGGAUAUUUCUCAAACCACUUCAGUGCUGCUGGUGUUCAUAAUCACAUUCCUCGUGGUGUGGUUAUGGAGACGACGUGAAAAGCCUAAAGGAAACCUGCCACGUAAGGAGUUCUGGUUCCCCUUCAGUGAACUCUUAGUUAGCUUCGUAGACUCGGAUAAGUUGUUUAAAGAUCUGGGCAAGAAGAGACCCAUGGCAAGGUUCCGCAAUGGAUUUGAUGGCCCCGAUGAUUUUAUCCUGACCACCCACAAGGCCAUCCAUGAAGCUUUCAUCAAGAAGGGGCAUUUAUUCACUGACAGACCUACCAAGUUUAUUUGGACCGAGUGGUCUACGCAAAAUGGUAUGGUCCACGGCUUAUUAAACUCCUGGGGUGAUCUGUGGAAACAACAGCGGAGAUAUGCCCUGAUGACUUUACGUGACUUUGGACUGGGGAAGACCUCCAUCGCGGAGGCGAUCCAAGAAGAGAUAGGAUAUCUUGUUGACGAGUUCCAGAAAUUUGAAGGCAAGGCCGUAGAUCCGCAGCAGCUUUUGAUGCCUGCCAUAUCCAAUGUAACAAACUUCCUACUGUUUGGAGAAAGGUUUCAAUAUGAUGAUCCAAAGUUCCAGCAGAUUAUGAAGAAUUUGAUGGGACAAUUCCAGUACUUCUUGCUGGCACAAAAUGCUGUUGUGUAUCCAUUUUUAAGAUAUAUCCCUGGAGAUCCAUUUAAAUUUCACUACACUUUUAAAUGCAUGGGAACUACACGAAAAUUCCUCGAAGAGAGAAUCGAGAGACAUGUGGCAGAAUACGACCCGGACAACAUAAAAUGCUUCACAGAUGCCUACAUCAAGGCUAUAAAGGGUGAAAAAGACAAAGAGGGAACCUAUUUCACAGACUUUCAACUGUUGACGUCAGUUGAAGAGUUGUUUUUUGCUGGCACUGACACCACAGUGACCACUCUCAGAUGGGGACUGCUCUUAUUGAUUCUGAAUCCAGACGUGCAGAAAAAGGUUCACGAUGAACUUGACAGUGUGAUAGGUUCCCGCCGUGUCUCCAUGGAGGACCGUGCCUCCUUGCCCUAUACGGAGGCCACACUGCUGGAAAUACAGCGCUUUGGGUGCAUCGUUCCUGUUGCAGGACACAAAAACACGGAGGAUGUGGAGAUUUCGGGCUAUACCAUCCCCGCAGGUUCCACCGUAGCUGCAGGUUUUAUAUGUGUCUUUUUUGAUGAGGAGUUUUGGACCAAACCAGAACAGUUUGACCCNUAUGGCUAUACCAUCCCCGCAGGUUCCACCGUAGCUGCAGGUUUUAUAUGUGUCUUUUUUGAUGAGGAGUUUUGGACCAAACCAGAACAGUUUGACCCAGCAAGGUUUUUGGACGAAAGUGGAAAGUUGGGGAAAAUCCCAGAUUGCUUGACACCAUUCUCUCUUGGCCGCCGUGUUUGCCUCGGGGAGUCCCUUGCAAAGAUGGAACUGUUUCUGUUCUUCACCAACUUGCUUCAGCAAUUCUCGUUUACAAUACCCUCUGGGGAAGAGAGCCCUAGCCUCAAGUCCCGGUGGUCCCUCGUGCGGUCUCCACUUCCUUUCAAGGUCGAAGUGCACAGGAGGCGAUGAUGUGCGGGAACUUGCCAGUGCUCUUAAAGGAACAAAAACAAAACCAUAAUCAUAAGCUACACAGUAAUGAAGUUAUAACUAUGGUAAAGCUUUAUGAUUGGCAUCACUUCAUUUUAUCAACUGAUGUUAAUUUGAAAAAAAAAUCUUGAUAGAUGUUUUGAAUUCAUAUAACAGGGUCAUAGGCUGUGACUAUGGUUUGGGCCAAGUGCUGAAGGCCUACAAUAUAUAUAUCUAUGCAAAUUUUGUACCGUAUGUGAUGCUGGUAUAGAUUGAUGGGAAGUAAGAGACUUCUGCAGGACAAGAGAAUGGAAAAAGCUCGCGCUUUGU